AUGAGUGUUAACAACGAGCGGGUGACAACGCAUCAAACAAUGGGUUUGCCUCGAACAUUGUAUUUGAAAGUCGGAGGCAGAUACAUGAUCACUUACAAUUUGGAUACAAGCGACGGCCUUACAAACGGUGCAACAGGACAGCUAGUCAGAAUUGAUAUGGGUUCCCAACAUCCAGAGCGAAAUCGACAAACUGGUUCGGGAAAACCGUUGCGAGUGUGGAUCGCGUUCGAUGAACCAGAAGUUGGAAGCAGUGCGCGAAGACGAUACAGCCCUAUCAUUAACCACUUGCAGUGUCCUCUAAACUGGACCCCGCUGGAACCUACUGUAGUAUCGAUCAAGCGAAGCAAAUCAUCAAAUUUACAAGUACUCCGGAAACAAUUUCCAUUGGUACCCGCGGAGGCUAUGACGAUACAUAAGAGUCAGGGUCAAACUUAUCCAUCUGUUGUCGUUCACCUUACAGCAAGAAUGACGCGUGAUCUGCUCUAUGUUGCACUUUCACGUGUUAAUUCACUUUCCGGCCUUUUCAUCAUUGGGUCGUUUCAGCCUCCUCGUGGACCGCAGAACAACGAUCCACUGACUGCGGAGCUAAGGCUACAGGAGCAGUGCGCAUUACAACCAAAGUACAAGUUUUUGCAUUCCACACGCAGCGGUAUUCAAAUUAUCUACCACAACGUUCAAAGCUUCGCAAAGCACAGUCAUCAGAUUGCAAAGGAUGGAGUUUUCACUACCAGCGACGCAAUAUUACUGGGUGAAACUUAG